AUGGAAAGCCAGUCAAAUAUCCCCGGAUUUGGCAAGGCUUCUCCCGUCAGACACCUUUGUAUGCGCCGAGGCCUCGGUGAGCCUUUACAGUAUUUGCUAGGCACGCAGCCCUUUGGGAACUUGGACAUACUAUGCAGGCCGGGCGUGUUGAUUCCUAGACCAGAAACCGAGGCCUAUACAAUCCAUCUGGCGGAUCAAAUCCGUUCAGGGGUACUGCCCGCCUUGGGAUCUCCCCAUGAUGUGAUAAAUCGCGGCGGGCUCCGAAUCCUUGAUAUAUGCACCGGCACCGGAUGCAUCCCUCUCCUGCUGGGGUCUCGUCUGGCUCGACGUGGGUUGGUGAGUGAGGUCCGCGGCGUCGACAUCUCCCCCAGGGCUCUACGCCUAGCCCGAGACAAUACCGCCCAUAACGGGGAGCUCCUGCGAAAUUGCGAGGCACAGUUCCAAAAGCUGGACGUCUUCGCCGUCGAGGAUGCUCACACAGCAAGCAGCCUGGCCGAGGACGGCAGCUGGGAUGUGGUGACUUGCAACCCGCCCUACAUAUCAGAGGCAGGUUUCGCACGCGACACGACCCGAUCCGUGAGGAACUUUGAGCCGAGGAACGCCAACGUCCCAGAGGAGCGGGACCUAGGCGGGUUGUACGGCACAGUUAGGCCCGAGGACGUCUUCUAUGCGCGAGUGCUGGACAUGUGUCGAGAGCAGCUGCGACCUCGGGUGGUGUUCUUUGAGGUUGGCGACUUGGAGCAGGCGAAAAGGGUCGCUGGUAUGGCUUUACGGGAUCAUGCCCAGGUUGAGAUUUGGCGUGAUCUGCCUGACGUUAUGCCUGACAGUGAUGAUGGAUUUGCCAGUAUUAGCAUUGAUGGGGUGACCGUGGCCGCCAAGGGGAGUGGCCAUGGUAGAGGCGUGCUGAUCCAGUAUCAUGGUGGAAACGGUCGAUAA